UAACAUGUGUAUGCAACUUACUUUAUGUCUUAACAAAUUAAACGUCUUUACUUAAAAGCUAAAAAAAAAAAAAAAGCUCUCUUUUUCUCUCUCUUUCGACUUCCUCAUAUUCGUUGAAUCACUCCUCUGGGUUCUUACUUUUUUUUCUUGCCCUAGAUCUUACUUAAAAGCAGAGGAGGAUCAAAGUCCACUUCUUUUGAGAUCUGGGUUCGGACAAAGUCUCCGUCUUUCUCUACUCAGGUGGGGGAGGUGUUUUUUUUAGGCGGCCAAUGGGUGAGGCGCAGCAGAAGACUUUUCAAGGGCCACGUCACCACACAUCUCUCAAGAAGCCCUUAUGGCUCGUCUUAACAGUUUCAGUGAUCAGCAUGCUUCUCAUCAGUACUCACAUGUUCCCACCACAAGGCAAACGCUCCUCCUCUCAUACUCUCUCUUCCUGGCUACCGGUUCAUGUCAGGAAACACACCGAUGAGGAGGUAGCAGCUAGAGCAGUGGUCAGAGAGAUACUUAAAACCCCUCCCUUCAUAACCCAAAACUCUAAAAUCGCCUUCUUGUUCUUAACUCCGGGGACUUUGCCAUUUGAGAAGCUCUGGGAUGAGUUCUUCAAGGGUCAUGAAGGGAAGUUCACUAUUUACAUCCACCCGUCAAAGGAAAGGCCAGUUCAUAUCAGCCGUCACUUUUCUGAUAGGGAGAUUCAUAGCGAUGAGGUCACUUGGGGAAGGAUCUCAAUGGUUGAUGCUGAGAAGAGGUUACUGGUUAAUGCUCUUGAAGAUCCUGAUAACCAACACUUUGUUCUCCUUUCUGAGAGUUGUAUACCGUUGCAUACUUUUGAUUACACUUAUAGAUAUUUGCUGCACUCCAACGUCAGCUUCAUUGAGAGUUUUGUGGAUCCUGGUCAACAUGGGACUGGUAGACAUAUGGAACACAUGUUACCUGAAAUAGCAAAGGAAGAUUUUAGAAAGGGUGCUCAGUGGUUCACAAUGAAGCGGCAACACGCUAUUAUAGUGAUGGCUGAUGGUCUCUACUACUCAAAAUUCCGCGAGUACUGUGGACCAGGGAUAGAGGCAGACAAGAACUGUAUUGCAGAUGAACAUUACUUGCCAACAUUCUUCAGUAUGCUUGAUCCCAUGGGGAUAUCGAACUGGUCAGUGACGUAUGUUGAUUGGUCUGAAAGAAGGUGGCAUCCAAAGACUUACACAACAAAUGAGAUUUCAUUAGAGUUCAUGAAAAAUGUCACGUCAGAGGAUAUGAGUACACACGUCACAAGUGUGGGAGAGCAUGGAGAUGAGCUGCAUUGGCCUUGUACAUGGAACGGGAUCACACGGCCAUGUUAUCUGUUUGCAAGGAAGUUUCAUCCUGAUGCUCUCGACACGUUGGUCAACCUCUUCCCUAACUACACAAGCACGGCUCUCUGAGAGAGGAGGAUUCUUGAGGCGAAACACUCUCAAUUCUUGGACCUAAUUAAUAUUCUUGGCUCUCUUAGAUACUGUAAAUUUUUUGAAAAAAAAAAAAAACUGAAACAAUUCUUGGAAGUUGAUGCUUAUACGCAAUUAGAUCAGAAAGUUUUGGUUAAAGAAUUUCAUUUUGGUUCGGUCUC